GUCUCACUCUGUCGCCCAGGCUGGAGUGUAGUGGUGCUAUCUUGGCUCACUGCAGGCUCCCCCUCCCGGGCUCAACUGAAUCUUCCUCCUCAGCCUCCCAAGUAGCUGAGACCACAGAGUCAGGCCACCAAGACUGGCCUAAUUUUCGUGUAGAGACGAGGUCUUGCUAUGUUGCUCAGAAUAGUCUGGAACUCUAUUAUCUUUGUCUUAAUCUCAUGGAGGCGCACCCCCGUCCUCACUGACUGGAGUAGGGAAAUACACAUUUUAAAGGACUUAAAUUUCCUAUAGAAGUGUCUAGAACGUACCGCACUAUGCCGAACGUAGUAGUAAGAUCACCGCCACGCCCUUGAGGAAAGAAGGUCACGCCCCUCUGCGGGCCACUAGAUCGGGUCUUUAAGCCCGCCGCCGCCUUCCCGCCUACCUCCGGGCGCGCACUUCCGGUCGCGAGGGCGCUCGGGAGCGCGCCCCGCGAGCCUCCACCAACCAGCGGCUCCGCCUGGCAGGAGAGAGUGCGCGCGCGCACGUUGUGCGCAGGUUCGAAUCUCCGCCGCUUCGCGGUUGCUUCUCAACGUCCGGGCAGUAUCUCUGCAGCUGCAAGGGCUGCGCGCGCGAGCUGCCUCCCGGCCGAAGCCCCAACCCUAGCCGGAGCACGAGCUGCCCCGCCCCCUCCAGCGUCCUGUCGCCUCCUCGCCCGACUUCGGCCUGUCCCUCCCUCACGCGCUCAGUCCUCGCUCUUCGCCCCCACAGCUAUCGGCGAUCGGUCUCCCGCGCCUGGCGGGCUCCGCCCGAGCCUCUGGGCCCAUGGCCAAGCGGCGUGCGGCCGAGCCGGUGACGUUCCACGUGCCUUGGAAGCGGCUCCUGCUCUGCGACUUCCCUGAGCAGCCGCCGCCACCGCCUCUCUGGAUCCGGCCGCCCGGGGCCGCGCAUCCUGGGCAGCCCCUCGGCGUACCGGAACAGCACCGAAAGCGCAAAAUCGACGCAGGGACCAUGGCAGAGCCCUCAGCAUCGCCCAGCAAGCGCCGCGACAGCGGGGACAACAGCGCCCCGGGCGGCCUGGAGCAAGAGGACCGAGGCCUGGAGACUGGCGAGCCACCGCAGCUGCUGCUGCCGCCGCCGCCUGUGCGGCGGGGGCCAGGGGAGGAGCUCCAGGGCGCCCGGCCCCCGAGGGGCGGUGGCGACGACGGGGCGGGGCGCGCAGGGCCCCCGCGGGGAGACUGGGGGGUCGCACCCCGCCAGAGGCGAAAAGAAAAGGUCACCGCUCCGGGAGAGGACGCCGACCCCCAGGAGACACGCCCCGGGAUUCCGAGGGGCAGAAAGCACUGGGCUGCUCUAGCGGGAAACGGACCGUGGUCGGGAGCAGUAGAAGUGGCCUUGCGGCGUCAGCGCCGCACUCUCACAAUGAAGAAUUUUGGCAGUAUAAUACCUUCCAGUACUGGAGGAAUCCUUUGCCACCUAUUGAUCUGGCAGACAUUGAAGAUUUAAAUGAAGACACCCUGACAGAAGCAACACUUCAGGGCAAGAAUGAAGGGUCUGAGGUUGACAUGGAGUCCUGACGUAAGGAGCUAAAGCAGUAGGAUUGGCUGAUUUGAGGAGAUGUCUCUAAAUUAAUUCAUGUAUUCUUAAGGGAAAAGUUAUUUUCCAUACUUGAAGUUAUAUUUCCAAACCUGAGAAAUAAAGAAACACUGUUCUGACAAUAAAUACCUACAAUUACUACUGAACCUCUUAAUAGGGAUUUGUCAAGGAUAGAGUACAGUUGUAAAGGAAGUAUUUUAUGUAUGCUUUCUUAGAGAAAAAAGCUUUGUUUAAAUGUUAGAAUUGAAGGUACUGAUGAAAAUAAAUUCUAGCAGUUUUAGAAAUAGGUGGGAAACACUCCAAUAUUCCUCCUAUCUGUACCAAAAAGUUUAUUUGUAGUACAUAAAAUCAGUAUUGUUUUAUAAUAACUGUUGUUAAUAAAGUACUUUCUAAUACAUUCUGUUGACUCUGUUAGUUGAACAAAUAGCUGACUUGAACAUCUAUGCAAACUUAAGAUGGGGGAUUGUUUUAAAAGCUAUUUUAAAAGAGCUUUUCAAAUGUUAAGUAGUGAGAAUUUCAGCUUGGGUAGCAUGUUUGCAUAACUUCCAAUAUUUGAUGUUUGUUAAACUCUACUAUGGGCGACUGAAGAUUGAUAAAGAACAGUGAAAAC